AUGGUCGGGACAGAGGCGGCGGCGCUGCGCCUGACGACGACCGCGGCGGCGCGCCACGCCCCCGCGCGCCUCAUGCUCGCGCUCCGGUCGCUGGACCUGACCGUGUCGCACGCGUGCGUGUGCCUCUUCGGCGGCAUGACCGUGCAGGACGCCGUCGUGGAAGUGCCCGCCGCGCUGCGGGACGACCGCGCCCUUCGCGCCGCGUUGCUCCACAGGCUGCAGCGGACCAGCUAG